GCUUGCUUAUCAUGGCUCUAUCUGCCCCCCCGCCGCCCCUGCCCCAAUGCUGACAAAUCCAUACAACUAUGUGGAGCACAAAGGCUCGGAUUUAGCCGCCGGGCUCGAGCGAGGGGCGGGCUUGGAAGGGGGCGAGCCGGGGCCGGCGUGGAAAUUUCUCCCGUUUUUGUCAAAGCAAAACAAGCGUCGGCCCCGUCCCGUCCAAUCCUUCGUGACCCGUGACCGGUCAACGCUUUUAUGCUGGAAAGGCAGCCAGAUCGGGGCGGCCUGGAGAGAUCUGGUUCGAUGAGGAAGCUAUUGACGGAUGCGCUGAUCAGAUGCGCGUUUGAACAAAGAGACACCCGGUCUCACUCGCAUAAGAACGUCCCCUCCCAUUGGCUCGCCAUUGCCAGCCGGGCUCCUCCGAGGGCCCCUCGAGGCCUCGGGCGGAAUUGUGUUAAAGGGUCGACCGACACGACAUGUCCAUUUCAUUCGGGUCCCAAACGCGUUCGGAGCGUUUCAGAGAAUCCGAAGUGUCGAUAGUGCCGGGCAGCGCGCUUCCUGUUAGGUAACGGAGGCCAAUCGGGAGGGGUCAAUCGAUAAGGUCAGUCAAUCGCGAUUUAUGAUAUAUACUUUUGAGCACGUGACGUGACAUUUCCGUACUUCUGGGGGACAAAACUCAAGCGUCCCCGUCGAUCGUACACGAAACAUGACAAGACCGAGAAAACAGGAUCUGAGGAUUUGAGCCUUUUUCUCUCGAGUUUCAAUGACCGGAAGACGUCACAUGCGACGCUCACUUCCGCUCUGCAGCUCAAAUGAUUUCGCCCGACGUGGCGCCCCCCUCACGUCGACAAACGAUUCUGUUUCGUUCUUAUUCCACCGGCGCGAGGUGAAUUGUUUUGACCGGUGCCGGCGACAUACGAUGCGUUGUUGCUUCAGAAAGGUUUUGACUUUCAUUCCAGCAUGAGGAAAUCAAAGGAAGAAUAUCUCGCGUUCGUCACGUCACGUCGCGUCGCGUCGCACAUUGGGAAAUGUUGGCGUCGCGUUUAAAUAGCUGGCCGCAAGCCAACGGGGGCUGUAUUGGCCCUCCUCGACCUUCCUUCCGUGACCUCCGAGCGCAUGUCGUUACAAGGCCCAAAAAUGUGGCGAGUACCUUUUGCUGUUUUGGUUACUUAUCAUCGAUAGUGCAGAGAAGGACUGCUGGAGUUGGCGGAUGAAAUGCGGGGAUGCUGAGCCCACCCCCGCCGUGUCUUGCGUGUAACCUUGAAAUGACCUUAGGCCGGCUCGCCCGCCAAUCAGCUUGCGGCCCGGAGCGCGGCCACCUGUUCGUGCGGGACGGCGGGCAGGAAAGAGGAGGGGAAGCGGGGAUAGAAACGGUGGGAGAGCUCUGUAACCAUGGUAACGUGCAACAUCACCAGAAGCCCCCUCGCCUGCAGCAGCUUGAACCUGGCAGGGGGUGCGGGGGGGGGGGGGCCUCUUUACCUGACUCGAUUCAUCCAAAUCACGCGGUCGGCCCGGCUAAGCGCAUCGCUUUUUUCCCGAAGCGAUGAAAGCGUUCGCUCUCAUCCGACCGAGCGGGACGGAUGCCGCCGCUGAGCCGAGACUGUGAAGCCAGAGAGGAGGCGCGCGCAUUUCUUUCCUCCCCCCACCCGCCACCCGCCACCCGCCCGCUCCUCCCCCUCCUCUGUCAAAAGCUCCUCCUCUGUCCGUCGCCGCAGCCGAGCCCGGUGACAUUUUGGUGCCGAACGAGAGCCAGAGGGCACCGGACUGCACGUUUGCGACACGCCGCCGUCUGCCGCCCGUGUCCGAGUUGUUUUUCCAGCAGAGGCUAAUAUGAAGACAACUUUUGGCAAGCCAGAUCCAGGAAAGCGCCAGCAGUCUUUUUAACACAUUUGAGGUCCAAACCAUGUUUUGCCAACCCCGGUAAAACCCACCCGACUUCCCCCUCGACCUACCGAGCCAGCCAGAGCCAGGGCGCCCCGCUGAACCGCGCAGAGAUGGGUCCGCCGUGCUUCCGGCCGGCCGAGCCGCAGCCCGAGCGCAGGGCUCACCGGCGUCCGCGGCGAAAACUGAGCCCCGUGCGGAUCUUGGGCUUUGCGGCGAGCCUGCUGGCUCUAUGCGCCGUCUCCGUCUGCGCCUUGACGUGGAACUCUGUGGUCCCCCGGGAGAGCCUCCGGCAGCCGGCGCCCCGCCGGACUCUGCUCUUCAGCCGGCAGCGCGACGAGGCCGACGGGCCGGUCGCCGUGAAAUCCGCCGCGGAUGGCAACGAAAGCCACGGGGAGUACCCGCCGGACCUUUUCGGCCUCCAGGAGAGGCGCCGGGGCGCGGUGAUCCUCCACAUGUUCGGCAUGAUCUACAUGUUCAUCGCCUUGGCCAUCGUGUGCGACGAGUUCUUCGUCCCGGCGCUCACGGUCAUCACCGAGAAGCUGACCAUCUCGGACGACGUGGCCGGCGCCACCUUCAUGGCGGCGGGCGGCUCGGCCCCCGAGCUCUUCACGUCCAUCAUCGGCGUCUUCAUCUCGCACAGCAACGUGGGCAUCGGCACCAUCGUGGGCUCGGCCGUCUUCAACAUCCUCUUUGUCAUCGGCAUGUGCGCCAUCUUCUCCAAGGAGAUCCUCAACCUGACGUGGUGGCCGCUCUUCCGCGACGUCUCCUUCUACAUCCUGGACCUCGUCCUGCUCAUAGUCUUCUUCCUCGAUAACUUCAUCUCCGUGUGGGAAAGUGUCACGCUGCUGUCGGGAUACGCCGCCUACGUCAUCUUCAUGAAGUUCAACGGAACUGUGGAGGGCUUCGUCAAGAACUGCAUGAACAAGAACCAAGUGGUGGAGGCGGAGGCGCAGCCCAAGGCGAGUCCGGGGACGCCCGAGGAUGACGGCAAGUUGUCGGCCAGACCGCGACUCCAACGGGGGGGCAGCUCGGCCUCCUUGCACAACAGCUUGAUGAGGAACAGCAUUUUCCAGCUCAUGAUUCACACCUUGGACCCUUUAAGUGAAGAAUUUGCGGACUCCGAGCUUGGGACUUAUGGGAAACUAAAAUAUUAUCACUCAAUGACCGAGGAAGGGAAAUUCCGAGAGAAAGCCUCCAUUCUUCACAAGAUCGCCAAAAAGAAAUGUCAAGUGGAGGACAGCGAGAAGGCCAACGGAGUCGCCAGCCGUUCGGAUAGGAACCUGCCAAACAGCUCCAGCGUGCAAGUGGAGGUGACCCCGCCCAUGAACGGCACCGCCGGCCAAGAGGGGGAAGCGGCCCAAGACGAGGAGGAGGACGACCAGCCCCUCAGCCUGUCCUGGCCCGAGUCCGGCCGCAAGCGCUUCACCUACCUCUUCAUCAUGCCCGUCGUCCUCCCGCUCUGGUUGACGCUGCCCGACGUCAGGAAACCGUCGUCGAAGAGGUUCUUCCCCCUCACCUUCGUGGGUGCCAUCUGCUGGAUCGCGGCCUUCUCCUACCUGAUGGUGUGGUGGGCUCACCAGGUCGGGGAGACCAUCGGGAUUACGGAGGAGAUUAUGGGCCUGACCAUAUUAGCGGCCGGAACCUCCAUCCCCGACCUCAUCACCAGCGUGAUCGUGGCACGCAAGGGCCUGGGCGACAUGGCCGUGUCCAGCUCCGUCGGCUCCAACAUCUUCGACAUCACCGUCGGACUCCCGUUCCCGUGGCUCAUGUGGUCCCUGCUCAGCGGCUUGCAACCGGUGGCGGUGAGCUCCAACGGCCUCUUCUGCGCCAUCGUGCUGCUCUUCCUCAUGCUCCUCUUCGUCAUCAUCUCCAUCGCCGCCUGCAAGUGGCGCCUGAGCAAGCUGCUGGGCUUCAUCAUGUUCAUGCUCUACUUCGUCUUCCUGGUGGUCAGCGUCAUGCUGGAGGACCGCGUGCUCAUCUGUCCCGUGUCGGUCUGAGCCCCCCCCGCUCCCCCUUUUCCCCUUAGCGACAAGAAUCAUCCCGGGCGGCUCUCCUGUGCGACGCAGUCGGGAGAACGUGCGGUGGGUGGAUGCGCAAAACUUGCUCUUAGCCAUUAGUUAUUUCAGUAGCGGGGGAAGGGAAGGCGGCGCAUUCCGGCCAAAUGUAGAAGCGUUAUGCAUGCCAUUCGUGUCGUUAGAUUGGGCUUUUCGAGACUGGCGGGUUGAGGAGAAGGAGAAGCACCGAAGAAGAAGAUGCAAGACGGCGUCUCCCGUCAGUGAAGAGGCUCCUUCGACAAAAAACAAACCACAACAACAAAACCCACUUCGUUCUUCACCGCCACACCCUUCAGAGGAUUUUCUUUUUCGCUUUCAACACUUUUCCAGGAGAUAAUUAGCAGUCGCGCUCGACGAACUGGAGCAGGACAAUCCGCUCCCUCCGAUUGUAGAUAACACGCCACACGCCGGUCACCGUUGAUGGGCAGCGUGUAGCGCUUCGGCCCUCCUCCCGGCUGCGUGCGAGAAGACCAGAAAAUGUACCCAAAUGUCCCCUUUUCCGGCAUGUUCCGUCACCACGUAGAAGACGCGUAGGCUGCCUGAUGUCUCGCUCACUUUCUGGUGAACGAGGUGUGCGAGCCGCAAUGACCUUCCCUUAGUUGUCAGCCUCUCAGUAGCUAUGUAACCUAUCAAAAUGGACACCCCUGAACUUCUCAUCUCAAUCUCAAUCUCUGAGAAUAAAGAGCAAUAUACGUGUUGUCGUGCGUCUGGCCCGCACCCGUCCGCCCGCCCUCCGUUUGGCCUGGUUACCCACCGACCGUACAACUGAACUGUUGACUUUUAUGCAUUCACUUAGAAAGGAUAGCAGGUUUUACUUUGUAAAUAUCUAUUUUUGUCCUUUCAUUUCAAAAGAGCAAAACCGCUUUGGAUAGGACUUGUUUUUUUUAUACCGAUGUUGAGCAAAUGUAGGGCCGCCGCCGCCGCCGCCAACAUUUGCUCACGUAUUGAAGUGCAAAAAAACGAAGCAUGAAAGAUCCACUAACUGCCUCUCGAAGGCUUGUGCGGUAUAUCCUCUAUUAUAUUGUCAGUCCCAUCUAAUUUUUGCUUGAGUUUGGACAAUCGUCCUCUCUGACAAGUGUGCACUUGAUGGAAGGUGCGCUCCAAAGUUGACUUUUGAUUGGCUUACCGAGGUGAGCGAGCGUGGGACUCGACCGCUGGCACCGAGGAAACGUUUUGCACUGGAAAUCUCUUCAUUUUCUUGGUGUUAAUGUCAUCUGGAUUUCACGUGUACAUAUAUGCAGAUCCAAAUUAACCAUAUAAUCUAUCGAUGUACAACGCAUUUGUCUCUAUGUAAAAACAAAGUAAUAUAAUGAAACGAAUAAAGCUGAUCUGAUUCUAAUAUGCAA